AUGCCCAUUGCCAGUGGCAGCAGCAAUGGCAAGAACAGAUCGGCUCGACAGCACACGUCUGGAGGUCUCGAAGCACCAGCACCGGGGGAGCGCCUCAUGGGCUCGCCAGCGCCUGGUGUGCUGGCCAGCGCAUCGCCCUUGUCGACCAGUAUGACAAGCACCGACGGGGUCAAGACAUUUGAUAUUGACGACAUGAUUACCCGUCUGAUCGACGCUGGUUAUACGUCGAAGAUACCGAAGCCGGCGCUGAAAGUGCCAGAAAUUAUGGCCAUUUGUCAAGCUGCUCGCGAGGUGUUUCUGAGCCAGCCCACGCUCAUCGAGCUCAGCCCUCCUGUGAAGAUUGUCGGCGAUACGCAUGGACAAUACCAAGACCUGCUUCGUCUCUUCGAGAUGUGUGGUUUCCCCCCAGCGGCAAACUACCUGUUCUUGGGAGAUUACGUUGACCGUGGCAAGCAGUCACUAGAAACGAUUCUUCUUCUUCUUUGCUACAAAAUCAAGUAUCCGGAAAACUUUUUCUUGCUCCGCGGAAACCACGAAUGUGCAAAUGUGACUCGUGUGUAUGGUUUUUAUGACGAAUGCAAGCGUCGCUUGAACAUUAAGGUGUGGAAGACGUUCAUUGAUGUGUUUAACACGCUUCCUAUCGCCGCCAUUGUUGCGUCCAAAAUCUUUUGUGUCCACGGUGGCCUCUCCCCCUCUUUGUCUAGCAUGGAUGACAUUCGCAGGAUCGAGCGUCCAACAGGUGUACCAGAUUAUGGUCUGCUAAAUGAUUUGCUCUGGAGCGAUCCAAGCGACACAGCUCUUGACUGGGAGGACAAUGAACGUGGUGUGAGCUACUGUUUCGGUAAGGCUGUCAUCCAGCAGUUUCUUGGUCAGUAUGACUUUGAUCUUAUAUGCCGUGCCCAUAUGGUGGUUGAAGAUGGCUACGAGUUCUGGAACGAGCGCACUCUCGUUACGAUUUUCAGUGCGCCCAACUACUGCGGUGAGUUUGAUAACUUUGGCGCUGUCAUGAGUGUGUCAGAGGAUCUACUCUGUGCCUUUGAGCUCCUCAAGCCGCUCGACGGUCCUUCGCUCAAGAAAGAAAUGGCAAAAACCAAGCGAAGAAGUCUACUUCAACAGCAAGAACAGCAGCAUGCUUUACAGCAAGGCUCUCCAUCUAUAGCAUCUCUUCAUGCAUAG